AUGGAUAAGUCAUUACAAGUUUCUUUUACAAAAUUUGCUGUUAGUGAUUUUAUCGCAAAUUUAUCUCUGAUUAUUAAUCAUGCUAUUGAUUUUAGACCUGAGUUUACCAGAAAAAAUGAAAGAUCUGAUCAGCCUAAAAAAAAAUAUACUUUUCCUGUGUUAAUAUCAGAUCCCUUAAAAUUGUCUGGUGGUUGUUUACCUAAAUUUGUUGUUGAAUUAUAUAAAGCAAGUUUGGUUGAAUUAAAUUUUGAAAGUGUAUUUGAACAAGACUGUUACAGGUUGAAUGAUUAUAAUUUCAAAAAUAUAUACAUGAACAGAGCUUUAUCCAAGUUAGAGUAUAAUAGAUUAAAUAAAGUAGUUUCAGCGUGCUUCUAUACACUUUACAAAUGCAUUUUAAGGUACAACGAGUUAGAACAGGAUAAAAAAAUGACGCAUGACAUAAUCACAAACUAUCUUAACAAUUUUGGGACCGAUAGAACUUCCUCUAACAAUACUACUGAUGCUAAAUUCAAAAGAAGUGUUGCAAUAAGGAAUAACCGUUACGAAGAAAUCUUUCAAAAAAGUUUAUUUAUAACUGAAAAUAGAUUUUCUCGUAUCUUUAAAACAUUUGUUGGAAUAACUUUUAAAGAAUAUGAAACAUUUUGUUUUCAAACUUUGAAGGAAAAUUAUGAGGUUUUAAAACCUUAUAUUGAUAUAAUAUCUGAAUUGGACUACACAAUUGAUCUUGAUAUUUGGGAAAACUUAACAUGUCAAAUUUUAAACGGUGAUAACUGUAACAUCACUAAAAGUACUAAUUUUUAUAACAGUUCAAAUAAUAAUGCUACUACUACUGCUAAACAUAUUGAGAAUAAUUGUUUAUUUAAUUCUGAGUUUUUGUAUAUGAUGGAUUACAUUAAAGGUGACAUAAAUAAGCCUAACAACUGUGACAUUUUACUACCGCAAACAUUUUCCUUACAAAACUAUAAGAUUUCUAGUGACAAGCAAUCUAAGUUGAAAAAAAAGGGAAGAAAACGAGUGUUAUUAAAAAAAGUACCCAGACUGGGAUCACAGCUGUUUAAAAAAUACGAUUAUUAUCUAAAGGAGUUAGGAGUCGUUAAGGACAUAAAGAAUUUGAAAAUUGAUGAGUUAAAAACAUUCGAUUCUGAUUUUGACAAAAGCAAUUCAAAACUUGGAAAUAAUGUUAAAGCAGUAAUUAGCAACAUAUCUAGUAAAGAUAAUAUUAGUUCUGUUAAUGUUAAAAAUUGCUCAAAGCAUUCAAACGACGAGGAAGACGAUCCAGAUAGCUUGGCUACUGUUAAGUUCACCUGCCCAAAGGUAUGUGGUACAAGUAGUAGCGCUAAUACAAAAGAUAGGUUAGCUGAUGGCAACGGAACUAAUAAUGAUUAUUAUACUAACAAUAUAGAUUUUUCAACUUCAAAUUUUUUUUUAAGCUCAUAUACCAUAAAUAUGCAAAACCACUAUACCAAUGAUCAUGGUAGCGCUAAUAAGCUCGAUAUUGCCACCAUGGAAGGAAACAGUAUGCCAAAUGAUGAGGCAAAACAACAGCAACUAUAUGAUUCAAGUUUUCAGACAAGUUAUAUAUAUUUUUGCCUGAGUUGUAAAGGAAAAGAAUUAUACUUGAAUGAUUAUAUAGAGAAUAAUGAAAAUUGUGAAUUGAAUGCUACUGGAUUUUAUACAUCACAGAGUUUAAUAAAUUCAGCAAUAACUACAGGAUAUUCAAGUUUAUGUAACUUAGCUGAUGUAACUUGCCCUAUAGUCAGGACCACGUCUGAGAUAAUUAAAGAAAUGCUGUCAAAUAAAGAAUAUAAGUAG